UCUAGCAAACGUUAUCGUCUUCUUACUUCUUAGUCGCGUUUAAAAUAUUAUAAAAUGAAUAAUCAGUGCUAACUGAUCUUCGAAGUAAUCACAUGGAUCCAACCACUUGACUCCAAUUCUUAAUUAUUUUUGUUCUAUUUUUUUAAUAUUCCCAGUUGAAAUCAACAGAGUUUGAGUUCUGCACUCGAUGAAUUAAAAAAUAUACAAAAGUUUUUUGUUUUUUUAAUCUUGGAAAAAAGGGCAAUCCUCCAAUCAGCAUCUACGUACAUAGAUGAAGGAGUUAAAAGAUUCAAAGUGGUUCGAUGUGGAAUUCGUACCCAAAGAUUACGUAUUCUCCAAGGAAUAUGGACCUCGGAAUCUCGAUUCCCCUGUUUGCGAUUCCAUUCCCGUUAUAGAUCUUUCAAAAGCAAACGGACAUAUCGACCCAGUCGAAGCAAUCUUGUCGGCUUCUCAAGAAUUCGGUUUCUUUCAGGUGAUCAAUCACGGAAUCCCGGAAAACAAAGUGAGUGACGCGAUGAGUGUUCUUAAAGAAUUCUUCGACAUGCCAUCGAAGGAAACACAUACGAAAGGUUGGAUUUACACAAACAGUACCGAUUAUGCGAAAGAUGGCGUGCAUUUAUGGCGGGAAAAUCUUAAACAUCCAUGUCAUCCUAUAGAGGAUUGCAUUCAUCUAUGGCCCGAAAACCCGACCCGAUAUCAGGAGGUGAUAUCGGCGUAUUUAGUGGAAAUACAGAAAUUGAGUUUGAGGAUUUUGGAGAUGAUUUGUGAAGGAUUAGGAUUGAAGGGUGGGUAUUUUGAGGAUAUGAGUGAGGUUCAGUUAUUGUCGUCGAAUAUUUACCCGCCUUGCCCCGACCCGAAUUUAACGUUGGGGAUAUUACCACAUCAAGAUCCGAGUCUUAUUACGGUUUUGUAUCAAGGUGAUUCGACUGGGCUCCAGGUUAUGAAGGAUGGUCAGUGGGUCAACGUUGGAGCAAUUCCGAAUGCCUUUGUUGUUAACAUAGGCAACCAACUUGAGAUUAUCAGCAACGGAAGAUUGAAAAGUAUAAAACAUCGUGUAGUGAAUAACACAAGAGACACUAGAUUAAGCAUCGCAACCUUUGUGAACCCGUCUCCUGAUUGCAUCAUUGAACCCGCAAAAGUCUUGGUGAAUGAAAUGGAGCCAUCACGCUACACACCCAAACAAUACAAAGAGUAUGUUCAAUAUAACAAUGCAUUUGGCGAUUACACUGUUGCUAUACAAAACGCUCUACGCUCGGAAAAUUGAGCAAUAUAUAGUCGUUUACCUUUAUACAAAAUGUGUUUAAACUUUUAAGUUCGGUUUUAUAAAACUUGUUACAAAUGGUAUUCUUCCAUAA